GUGUGCAUGCCUAUGCCAGAUGGUCAGAGGUACACGUGUCCCCAAAUAUCCCUGUAUUUACUGUGUCCUUAUGGACCCCUGCGCCCUGGGGACCUGUCUGGGUUUUUUUUUGUGUGGGUAUGACUGUUGGUUUUAUGAAUUCUAGCAUGCCUCUGCCCUUUGUAGAUGAGUCAUUGCGCAUAGAUUUGUGUGUCUGUGAACUUUGUGUGUCUGUGUGUGUCCCUGAGACUGUGUGUGCCUGGCAUAUCUCUAUAGAUGUGUUCUAUUCUGUGUGUAUAUCCAUGUGUGUUGGGGUAUUGUGUUUCCAGGUGUUCCCAUGACUGCACCUGGUGGGUGGGGAGGUAUGUUGGUUCUCUGUGUAUCCCUGUAUGUCUGUGUAUCUUGUGUGUGUUCUGUGGCCAUCCCUUCGAGGUGAGUCUGUGUAUGUGCCCGUUUGGUAUUCUCUGUGCAUGCCCCUGGGCUCCUCUCUACCUAUAUUUCAGUUCUGAACAAUCCUGUCCUGUGGAAGCGAUGUGUCUGUAUUUUGCAUGUGUCUGUGUGCUCCCUGGGCCUAUUUGUGUAGCUCAGUUUUUAUGGACAUCCUCGUGUGGCCGGUGCCCCGGUGUCCCCGCGUGUCCUGACAUCCCCUCCUGCGGGUAUGUGUGUCUGGAAACCCCUUGCACACCCUUCCCUGUGUUUGUGGUCCGCGUGCCUUUGUGCGCGUGUGCUCCCCGUGCGCCUUUGAGGUCUACGUGCGUCUGGGUCCCUGCGUGUGCCCGCUCGCGCCCCCGUGUCCCCCGCGCGGGCCCCGGGAGCUGCGUCCUGACGCCCCAUGGGUAUCCCGCGUGCGUCCCGGUGCGCCUGGCGGGAGGCCUCGGGGCACACACGGUCGCCGCCGGACCCACCGCCCGGCAAGGCGCGGGGAGGAGGGAGGGGGCGGCGGCAGCGGCGGGGAGCGCGGGCACGUCACCGAGACAGACAGGCGGGCGGGCGGGAGGCGGCGGCCGCGGGUUCGAGCCGGCGCCGGAGCCCCGCGGCCCCCUCCCCCGGCCCGCGGCCUGGGGGGGCCCCCCCCCGCCCAGCCCGGGAGCCGCCGAAAUGCAAUUUCCCGUGCAGGCGCCUCGGCUCAGGGGGCUUUUCCGGGCGGGUUUGGAAAGAAGAGGGGCGACGCGGCCGCGGCCCAAAACGAGGUCCUGGAGCAGACAGGUCCUGCUUGCUGAAUUACUGAGUUAAUAGGUCCCUCACCCCCUCCAGUCUCUCCUGCCCCCACCCC